AUUACCAUCAUCCUUCAUCUGCGCAAAACAACAAAUGACUCAUCCGUGUUUCACUUCCAAUCUUUGCUAUCAAAUUCUCGUUUUCAUCCAACUUGUUCCUUUCAUUAUCUGUGCUCCAUCCUUCUUUUCAACAUCUUCUGCUACCCUUCUCACCUCACCUCACAGCCUUUUACAUCUCACCUUGCUUCUUCCUUGUUUCCUUCUCACAUAUUAAUUAAUUUGAUUCGUUUUCUUCUUUGUUUCUUGUCUCGCUAUUUUUGUUUGGAAUCUGUAUAUGAAGAUUAUGGGUGAUUCUGUAAGUCUUUCUUGCUUUGCAAACAAAGUUUUUGACAAGGUUUUUGAUCCAAUUGUUGCCUACCUUGUCAUAAAUCCAAUCACUGCUCUGUACUUGUGGAAGCAAAAUGUUACGAAGCUAACGGCUAAACUGGGUGAGCUGGCCAUUAGGAAAAGGGACCUGCAGCACAGAGUUUAUGAAGCUCAGCAAAGGGGGGAGGAGAUUUUGGAGAAGGUCAAGCAGUGGAUGAGUGAAGCGGACAAGCACAUCAGUGGAAACGGAAAAGACGAAAUAGAUGAAUUAAAAGCAAAGGCCGAGCGAAAGUGUUGCUUUCGGUGGUGUCCUAAUCCCAAGGCUCUCUAUGAUCUUAGUGAGAAAGCUAAGGAGGGAUGAUUUUGUUGUCUUUGAAUCAAGAAAGAAGGUUUUG